AUGGCCACACCAGAGUCUAGCAAGACAAUGGGGCGAUGGUCUGGCAAUGGCCUGGGUGACCUCUUUGAAAUCGUAGUGACAGGAGCCACCAGCGGCAAUGGCAAGGCCUACGCACACGAGCUCGCCCGGAGAGGUUUGAACAUCGUCCUCAUCAGUCGCAGCCUCAGCAAGUUGGAGCAAGAGGCCAAGGAGAUAGAGCGGCUUCACGGCAGGAACACACGCAUCAUCGUGGCCGACUUCACUGGGGGCUUGGAGAUCUACGGAGCCAUCGAGGCAGAACUGCAGGACCUGGAGAUUGGAGUGCUGGUGAACAAUGUGGGCAUGCCUUAUACACAACAAAGAAGCCUUCAGAAACUGCUGGACUGUGACAACGUUGCCAAACGCAUCUCGGAUAUUGUCAACUGCAACGUUAUGUCUGUGGUCCAGAUGACCCGAAUCAUCCUGCCCCAAAUGGUCACCAGGGGCAAAGGCAUCAUCAUCAACAUGUCUUCAGUGACUGACUCACGCCCCUGGCCAUUCUUAGCAAUGUAUUCAGCCACUAAGGCCUUUAUGCGAAAUUUCUCCGUGGCGGUGGGUGCAGAGUACUUCCCUGAGGGGAUCACCGUGCAGAUUGUGAGCCCUUCUAUGGUUGCCACAAAUAUGACCUCUCACUUGAAACCUGGUCUGCUGGUGAAGACUCCGGAAGAUUUUGCCCGGGAGGCGUUAGAUACCCUUGGCCUCUCCUCGGACGUCACCGGGUGCCUCAACCACGCUGUGCAGGCCUGCCAGCUGCCCUGCAGUCUCUCUCAGGAUCAAGCGGACAUGCAGCCUAGACAGUACGUGACCCUCUCUGCGUCCCCCUCCACGGUAAGCAAAAUAAAGUCAUCAUACCCCAAGCUGAAGGGGUUUCCAGCCCCAGGGAUCAAGGAGUCAGGGCAGAUGAAGGCUUUCUGGAGCCAGUACCUGAGUUCCCUGUCACCCAAGUUGCUAAGUCGCAAGGAUGCAGGUCAGUCCUUACCUUUCCAAGAGUUCCCUGACUGA